AUGAACGAGUGUGACCGUCUGCCACUACCUGACUUAUCAUAUAUCGAUGUAGUAUGCCACAUUUAUUUCAUUUUCUUCUUCCGUAGAAUGCAUGUAAUGAUAUGUGGUUCUUUUAAUCAGGAUGGUGACGAUGAUAACGGAGACGAUACGCCUUGGAACAUCUCAACCCUUCCUAAAGUUGGCGUAGAAGGUAAUAAGUGUGUGGAAAAGUCAUCUGCAGAAACAUCUUCAAGUGGUCCUGCCACUGAGAAGCCUCUCCUUUCAGCUACUUCGAAGGUGGUCAAGAAGACACGAAAAGCAUAA